CCCCCCUCCUCCCAGGUAAAAUGUGGGUCGUGAGGUUUGACCAGUUGAGUUAUUAGUUGAAAAGCGUUGCAUUAUUCCCGUACGCAAGCUCAGCCACUGAGAAUGAGGAAUCAAAUCAAAUGUUUUUGUAUAGCCCUUUUUACACGCAAGCAUGUCACAGAAGCGCAGCGGUAAAACGAAACUGUCCAAAAGAAGCAGAAACGAAACUGAUUUCAACAUUCUACAUUGAACAACGGGGUGACACCUUAAGACUAAGUAGAAAUUGAAGCAAGAACAAGUCACAGUGCGCGUGAGAUCCACCUCAAUGAAGAUGAGGACAUAUCUCGUGCUGUGUGCGCUAGCGGUGCUGUCGAUGUUAGACCGAGCGGGGUCAGACGCAGCUUCGACAGAUCUCCAUGGCUGGAUGUUCAUUCUGUCUCCGGAAGGAACUGUCACCCUGUUCUCCCCCUCUGUUGCUCCCUCCUCCACCCCCUUCCCUUAUUCCUCCCCCUCCUCCUCUCCCUCCCACUUCUCCUCCUCUCCUUUCCCCUCCUCCUCCCCCUUGCCUUCCUCCUCUCCCUCUUCCUCCCCCUCCUCCUCUCCCUCUUCCUCCCCCUCCUCCUUUCCCUCUUCCUCUCCCUUCCCCUCCUCCUCCCCCUUGGCUUCCUCCUCUCCCUCUUCCUCCCCCUCCUCCUCUCCCUCUUCCUCCCCCUCCUCCUCUCCCUCUUCCUCUCCCUUCCCCUCCUCCUCCCCCUUGCCUUCCUCCUCUCCCUCUUCCUCCCCCUCCUCCUCUCCCUCUUCCUCCCCCUCCUCCUCUCCCUCUUCCUCCCCCUUCCCCUCCUCCUCUCCCUCCUUCAGUACCACCCUCCCCUACAGCCCCUCUCCCUCCCCCCCCCCUCUACAAGGUGUGACGGUGUGUUUGCGCUACAUAGCCGAGACACUAGAUGACCUGAACCUGUUCACACUCCAGAUCCCAGGCUCAUAUUUCAGCCUUUCUCUGUCCAGAAACGGUGUUAUAGACACACUAUCACUGUCCGGCUUCAGAAAGAACUUCUAUUCCUAUCAGCCAUGGACCACAUCUCUCUUCUCUCACUGGACCAGUAUCUGUGUGACCUGGGAGGCCAGUGGGGGUGUGGCUCAGAUGUUCAGGGGAAGUACCAGCAGCGUCAUGAAGAUUAUGGGAAGAACGAGUGUGCUCAGCAGAGGCCCAGCAGUUCUGACUGUGUCAGGGUUCGAAGGUCAGAUCUGUGACAUUGAGGUGUGGGACGCCCCUCUCUCUUCUGACCGUAUUGACUACUACAUGAAGGAUUACAAUUUCCAUGGUAACCUGCUCAGCUGGUCUAAUGCAGGCUUGUCCACCUCUGGCCCCGCCCUGCUGAGGAAUAAAUUCCUCCAGCAGCCAAUCAGAGCCAAUAACCCAGACGCUGGGCCAAUGAGAGAGAAGGUGAAGAGUUUGAAGAGGGGGCAUAGGGAGAGGAUGAGGGAGGGGUGGAGAAGGGGAGGAAGAGAUGGAAGGAAUAGGGAGAGGAUGAGGGAGAGAUUGUGAGGGGGUACGUAUAGAGUGAUUGGAUGCAGGUGGAGAGGGGGAUGAAGAGGUGAAAGGUUAAGAUACAAACAAUAGGAUAUAAUCAAGCCUAUUACGUUUGUAACAAUAUGAUUAUGCACAUCAAUAAAUUACAAUAUUCCUCAACAUGUCUGAAGGAGGGCUAUAGAGAUGGAGGGAUGGAGAGGUGAAGGAGGGCUAUAGAGAUGGAGGGAUGGAGAGGUGAAGGAGGGCUAUAG